UUAGCGAUUGCGAUGGUCAUUUGUGACCUCUCGCGGGCAACCAGCUUGUCCUUCGGUCAACAUGCCCAGCGUUUCGCGGCCCCUUUCGCGGGGCUGGCGUUUUACGUUGCAUACAUGCGCCCUAAAUAUAGAGUAGCAUGAUACAAGCGAGAAAUAUAGUGCAUGGGGCAUCCACGCCUGGCGUGGACGCAAGCGUCUACGAGGGGCGUGGACGCCGAUGUACGCCUCAGCUCGCCCAUUGGUUGUGCUGCCUAGCCCUGUCGACUCGAGACAUAGCUGGCGUUGCAAAUCUUCCUAACGAUACCUUGAUACUUCAUAAGACACCUUACUUUCAGAGCUCCAGCACGUUGCAUUUGUGUGCGAAAUGACGAAGCGUUCUCGUCGUCGCGACAUUGAUGACGAGAUUGCGAACGAGAUUGCAAACUUAAAUUUGCAGCUUGCCGAUCUUGAAGAGAUUAUCAAGGAGAAAGCGGCGGAAGAGAAGGAAAUUGCGCCCCAAGCGCGGAAGACGCGCCAGGAGCUUAGCAAGUUGCAGGCCCAGCUCGCCAAAGCAGUCCUUAGUGAUGAGGAGAAAGCUUUUCUCCAAGCCAAGCAGCAGGAAGCUGAAUUCCAGAGCCAUGACCUGACGGCAGUGCGCACCGCGUUGGAGCAGCUCCGCAAGAAAGAGGAGCAGCUGCGGGAUGAUAAGAAGGCGCUGCGAGAGCAGCUGCAGAAGCAAGUCCAAGUCCAACCUCUGAGCGGGCUGCAGCAACAGCUCCAGACGCUGCCAAACCCGUCGGACAUGGUUAACAGCAACAUCUGGUCGCUCGAAACGAACCACGGCUUCUUUCGGUGCUUGCGGCCAACCGCGGGCGUGGGCGCCACCAGGGCUCUGCCGGUAGCGCUGUACGACGCUGUUCUGGACAAGGCGGCGGGGCUGUUCCGUGAGGCGCUGCUGUGCAAGUGGAUCCGCGAGGACGACAGCCGCAGCGGUAGCAGCAGCAGCGGUUGUGCUGGUGUCGGCGGCAGUAGCAGCAGCGGCAGCAGUGGCGGUGGCUGCGGAGCUGGUGGCGUUCCCCCAUCAGACGCCGACUGCUUUGUGGCGACCAGCCUGUGCGCGGCCAUGGCCAAGAGCUUCCCCAGCGAGGCCGACCGCAUGGUGGCGUUCGUCAAGAUACUCAGUGAAUACCUCGGCGAGCCCAUCAAGCCUGACAGUCCAAUCCUCGGUGCGGACUUCAAGACCGAUGGGAGCCUGCUGUGCCAGGUCGGGCCCGUGUCGCUGCCGGUGUACAUCCAGGAGCUCAAGAACGAGAUCGGCACCAGCAGCGGCGACCCCUACUUCCAGGGCCAGCGCUAUUACCAAUUAUACGUGGCCAGCCCGGAGCUGGCCGAGUGGGUGCGGCACAGCGUGCUGCCCGUGCUGUUCCUGGAGCUGGUGGGGCCGCACCUGCGCGUGUCGGCGCUGGCGUCGCCGGCGGACGUGACCGUGGUGUGUGAGCCGCUCACGCCCUACCUGCACCUGUUCAGCAUGCACCGCUGCCAGCCCGACCACAUGGUCCGCCUGGCGCUGGUGCUGCGGGCGCUGAAGCGCAGCAUCGGGCUGCUCAAGGACGCGUGCGUGCAGCAGCUGCAGAAGCAGCAGCUUACAGUUGCUGCCGCGGCCGCCCCACCCGCGGCGGCAGAGCCUGCGGCCUUCGCCUCCACCUUGGCUUCUUUGGCUUCGGCGGCGGGGUCGGAGCAGUCAGGGGCAUCCGCCUCGGCUGCGUCGGCUUCGGCGGGCGAGGGAGGGAGCACGGCGCGGCGCGGGGUGGUGCCGCUGCUGCGCGACGCGGCCCUGCAGCUGCCGUACCCACUGCGCCUGGGUACGCGCUUCACGGAAGUGGUGGCCUGGAACCCUGGCGUGUACAACCCGCUGUACUUUGCCAAGUACAGGCCAAAGCUGGACGCGGAUGCGGCUCCUGGCGCCGCCGCGGCUGCAACUGCGCCGGCGGCCGGCCCGCCUGUGGCCGUGGUGGUCAAGUUUUCGCACAUGAGCGCGCAUGCGGUCGACGUGCAGCGCGCCUGGGCGGCGGCGGACCUGGCACCCAAGGUGUUCACCAGCAAGCGGCUCGGGUGCGGCCUGACCAUGCUGGUGAUGGAGCAGCUGGAGGAGGCGCAGGGGUGGCGCAUGUUCCACGGCCUGGAAAAGGGCCUGAAGGCGCAGCUGCACGGCGCGGUGGUGGAGGCGCUGGGCAGGGCGCAUGCUCUGGUGGUGGACCAGGCCCGCGGCCUGCGCGGCGUGCACGCCGACCUGCGGCAGGCGAACGUCAUGGUGCAGCUGCUGAUGCCGCAAGGCGGCGGUGGCGGCGGCAGCGGUGGUGGCGGCGGCGGCAGUGGUGGUCGCGGCGGCGUGAACGACGCGGCGCCGCAGCCGCAGAUCCAGGUCCGGUUCGUGGACUUUGACUGGGCAGGGCUGCAGGGCCACACGCGGCUGCCGGCGUUCAGCCGCAAGCGGCUGAAGGACUACGAGUGCGGCUGCGAGGUGACGCAGGAGUACGACUGGCUGCUGUGGGAGCACGAGGCGGUGUAUGGGUCCCGAUGAUGGACCUUUGUAUGUGAGAUGGGUGGAUGGGUGGGCCAUGGGCGGGUGUGGGGUUUUGCACAACAACAUUUCUAAAUAGCAUAAGUGGAGAUGGAUGAGUGCAUAGCAGCGGCGGCGGCAGCGGCGGCGGCAGUGGGAUCAUUGCGGCGGCGCCACAGCGGUGGCGCAUUCAUGGGACAAACAGCCACUGCAGUCAAUUGUGCGCAUGCGCGUUUAUUUCAAGGCAUGCAGCAGCAGGGAUCACGUGUGGGUGUCGGGCGCUCUUUGGUUAUCGGUCAACAUGCCGCCUGGCUGCAUGCCUCCGCCGGCGCGUGCCCACUUGUGUGCAUGGGGCUGCUGCGCAGCUGGUUGGCCCUGCACGCAUGUGAUUUGCCGCACACACCGCACACACAAGCCGUACCCUGCUAACGUACAGACCCCCCCGCCACACACACACACACGCACAUCUCCGUUGCGCAAUACAAGUACAUGCUGCCGCCGCUCAAAGCACAUACGUCGGCCAGAAGCCGUAUGUCGGGGGCGUGGGGCUUCUCACGCGCAGGCGUACAUGGGCCACUGGCUGGUGUCUGUACCAAUUGCCACUUCCGUGUGCGUGUACACAAGUGCGUGCGGCAUGGAGUGGCCAGACCUAGUUAUAGGACGGCGGGGCAUUGGGGCAUUCACUGCUGCGACGACAGUGUGGGUGCCGGCUGCUGGCGCGGCAGCUGCGCCAGCAGGGUGCCGGCCCCGCUGCUGGCACCUGCCGGUCGUGAUGUAUGGCGGUGGUAGGUGUGAUGGACCCCAGCGCGGGAUUGGAAAACCGUCAGCGCCACCAGGGUGGGAAGUUGGGCGCGCUGCGUGGGCGUGGGAGCAGCUAACGUGACGACCCGGCUAUUGUUUGCAUGGGCUUAGCUACUGUCAGUAUGUGCAGUGCAAAGUUGCGGACCACAAGUAGUCUGCACGCGCCUGAUGGACAAGUAGAUAGAGCCCGAUAUGCGCAAUGUGCUAUGUUGGGCUUAGUUCUUGGUAACUCCCCGCAGUGCGGGCCCCAAGUCUGGGUGCGAGGUAGAUAGAGUGGGCAUAAGGCGAUGCAAUGUUGUAAGCUGAAUAGAGAAGAAUAAAGAGCGAGGACUGCAGCUGUGUGACUGGUUGUCAGGACGGCGGAGGGGUUGCGUGAAAGCACUAUGUAAUCCGAGAUAAGA